UUACGUGACGUCACUUAGCUCACUGGAGAGCAGUGUUGGGUCGUCUCGGCUUUCUUUUCGGUUCCUUGUGCUUCCACGGUCACCGCAUCCCCUCGUCUUUCUUUGACACAAUGAACGGUUUAGACGUGGUUCCACAGACGUUUCUUUACGGUUGUGUGCUUGAAUCUGGAAAGGAAGUGACGUUCAAUCCCAAGGGCGAUGGCUUUGAGCAUCAGCUUGAUCUACGGAUGGCGUGUGCUGACCCGACCACAAAAGAUGAGCUUCACCUGGUGGAGGUGGAAGGACACGACUCCGAGGGUCAGAAGGUGACGGCGACCCUGGUUUCUCUGAACCCCGCCACCCUGCCGAGCGUGUCUCUCGGGGGUUUCACCAUCACGCCACCCGCAGUUUUCCGUCUGACAUCUGGUUCUGGUCCGAUCCAUAUCAGUGGGCAGCACCUUGUCAUGAUGGAAUCCGAUCAGUCGUUUGAUGAUGACGACGAUGAUGAUGAUGAUGAUGAUGAGGAGGAGGAGGAGGCACAACAAGAGGGUGCUGUCAAAGCGUCAAAGAAAAGACCCGCCGCCUCUCCUGUCCUAAAGUCUCAGAAAAAAAAGAAGAUGGAAGUUGAUGCGGAAGAAGAGGACGACGAGGAUGAUGAGGAUGAAGAGGAUGAGGAGGAGGAAGAAACUCCUGUUAAGGCCAAGCCCGCAAAGAAGUCCACUCAGAACGGAAAAAGCCCAAAAGCUAGUACUCCGCCCACAAAGCAGGUGAAGACCCCCAAACAGAAAGCGGAAAAAUCACCUAAAACCCCAACAACCCCCAAGGAAACUUUAACUCUCCCGGAAAUGCAAACAAAGAUGACUGAAGCGGUGAAGAAGGGAGUAACGCUGCCCAAAGUCCAGGCCAAAUUUGAGAACUUUGUGAAGAAUUCUUAUCGAGUCACUGAUGCCAAGGUUAUUGCUGAGCUGUGGAAGUGGAGACAGACUGUGGUGGACACAAAAUAAAUGUAAUUGUUUUAAUUUUUUUCUUUUCCUUUUUUAAUUUUUUAAUUUUUUUUUUUACUUGAUAUUCAAAAUUACUUCUGUGCCUCACUCUCACACUCGUCUAAUCUCCGAUGACUAUUAAGAGGUUACAUAUUGUUGCACCCACCAAUGGCUCAUUUAUACUAGAAGUGUUGAAUACAACUUAGGGACUGGUUUGCAAAUGUGCAUAUAUGUAAAUAUAGGAACCUGUAGAUUGACACCGAAAGCUGUGAUAUCGUGGAGUUGUGGAAGAACAAUAACAUGAAGUGUAACCAAUGUAUCAGCUAAAGUCAUUUUGAGCGCAAAGGCUAAUGUGAGAUUGAGUUUUUGUUGUUACUUUGUCUUUUUUUUUUUUUUUUUUUUUUCUCUCUCCCCGCUUUCUUACUGGCCCCUCAUCAGCAACACGGUUUUGUUCACUUUCAAGGGAGAACGCGUUUUAGAAAAGGAUAAUGCCCUGUACCUGUGUCACGAUCACUGGAUGCAUCAAACGACGCAUUACAGUAAUUUGACGGCUUUUCCAUCAUAAUAUUCCCAGGUUUGAAAGCUAAUGUAACACAUGAAUAAGUAAGACUUGUUGAAGCCUGUUCAAGAUAAUUCCAAGUUCCCAAUAAAGAUCUUUGGCUAA